CAAUAUUUUGGAUAUCUUCGACAGCAGAUAUAUAAUGCGCUCUUUCUCCCUUGCUGAAAACCCUAGAGUCAGCCAGUACAUCUGCAUCUCGAGCGCAGGGUUUCGAGGAGAUUUGACAGGCGAAGUUUCAUUUUCGGUCAUCCAUGGCGCCGCCUAAAGCUGAUAUUUCAAAGAAGACUGACCCUAAGGCACAGGCCUUGAAAACUGCCAAGGCAGUCAAAUCAGGGCCGACUUUCAAGAAGAAGGCCAAGAAAAUUAGAACAUCGGUCACAUUCCAUCGACCCAAGACUUUGAAAAAGGAUAGAAAUCCCAAGUACCCUCGUAUCAGUGCUCCACCAAGAAAUAAGCUAGACCAUUAUCAAAUUCUUAAGUAUCCUCUCACCACAGAGUCAGCAAUGAAGAAGAUUGAAGACAACAACACUUUGGUUUUCAUUGUUGACUUGCGGGCAGACAAGAAGAAGAUAAAGGAUGCAGUGAAGAAAAUGUAUGACAUUCAAGCCAAGAAAGUGAACACUUUGAUCAGGCCCGACGGUACCAAGAAAGCCUAUGUCAGGUUGACUCCCGAUUAUGAUGCCUUGGAUGUCGCGAACAAGAUUGGAAUCAUCUAAAUUUUGGUGGCUUCUCCUUGUUUAUGUAUUUGCGCUUGAUUUUAGAAUGUUUAAGGAGCCCAUUGACCGGAGACUUUGUGAUGUGGUUUUGACGUUUUAUUCUGUGUUUUCACUGUACUUUGUUCAAAUGACAAAAGUAGAUUGCGCGGUUAUAGAUUUUGGUUGAAAAUUAUUUAAAUCAAUUAAUGGGUUCAAAAUUUGAACUUCUUUUUUCUCAA